CUUUUGUCAGCGCGCAGCGCCGGCGAGCUCUCCUUUCCUCCCGGCCGCGUGCGGGAAGGGAUUUGAUUCUGGUGGCAGGGGUGGCAGCCUCUAUUGUGGGCAGUCGCCGGUGACGCCAGAAGCGGCAUCGCCGGUGGGAUUCCAGGCAGGCAGCCCUGCCGGCGCGGGCUGCGGGAUGGCGAGACCACGCCGCUCUGCACAUUAGCUGGGUGCGUUUAUUAAGCAGAUCCAAAGGGGGGGGGGGGAAACCAACCACAACGAAGCAAAACAAAAACUACAGCCUGUGGGGGGAGCGCAGAGAUGGAGACCACGCCGCGCCGAAGGUUCCACUCAGACGUUUGAAAUCCCGUAGAUGUGGACGGCGUCGCUGAGCGGAGCAGGCUGCACAGGCUGACCACCGAGAAGACGCAGCCUGGGCCAAGGCUGGUCCCGCCUCCCGGGUGCCAGGGUGGAUAGUGAACCCACAGGACAAUGAGCGAGGAGCCCGCCCCCGAGGCCGCCUCCCCGCCGCCCCCGCAGGGGCAGCACUACUUCGACCGCUUCUCUGAGGACGACCCUGAGUACCUGCGCCUUCGCCACCGCGCGGCGGACCUGCGGCAGGACUUCAACCUGAUGGAGCAGAAGAAGCGCGUGACCAUGAUCCUGCAGAGCCCGUCUUUCAGGGAGGAGCUGGAAGGCCUCAUCCAGGAGCAGAUGAAGAAGGGGAACAAUUCCUCCAACAUCUGGGCCCUGCGGCAGAUCGCGGACUUCAUGGCCAGCACCUCCCACGCAGUCUUCCCAACAUCUUCCAUGAACUUCUCCUUGAUGACACCCAUCAAUGACCUCCACACAGCCGACCCCUUGAACCUGGCCAAGGGGGAGCGGCUCAUGCGGUGCAAGAUCAGCAGUGUCUACCGGCUUCUGGACCUCUAUGGCUGGGCCCAGCUGAGUGACACUUACGUCACGAUGAGAGUCAGCAAGGAGCAGGACCACUUCCUCAUUAGCCCGAAGGGAGUUUCCUGCAGUGAAGUCACAGCAUCCAGCCUGAUCAAGGUGAACAUCCUGGGAGAGGUGGUGGAGAAAGGCAGCAGCUGCUUCCCGGUGGACACCACGGGCUUCUGUCUGCACUCGGCCAUCUACGCAGCCAGACCCGACGUGCGCUGCAUCAUCCACCUGCACACGCCGGCCACGGCCGCGGUGUCAGCCAUGAAGUGGGGCCUCCUGCCCGUCUCCCACAACGCCCUGCUGGUGGGGGACAUGGCCUAUUACAACUUCAAUGGUGAAAUGGAGCAGGAAGUGGAUCGGAUCAACCUGCAGAAGUGCCUUGGACCCACCUGCAAGAUCCUGGUGCUAAGAAACCAUGGCGUGGUUGCUCUCGGUGACACUGUGGAGGAGGCGUUUUAUAAGAUCUUCCACCUGCAGGCUGCAUGUGAGAUACAGGUGUCCGCUCUGUCCAGCGCGGGGGGAGUGGAGAACCUCAUCCUCCUGGAGCAGGAGAAACACCGCCCCCAUGAGGUGGGCUCUGUGCAGUGGGCGGGGAGCACCUUCGGGCCCAUGCAGAAGAGCCGGCUGGGGGAACACGAGUUCGAGGCCCUCAUGAGGAUGCUGGACAACCUGGGCUACAGAACAGGCUACACAUACCGCCACCCCUUUGUUCAAGAGAAAACCAAACACAAAAGUGAGGUGGAGAUUCCGGCCACAGUCACAGCCUUCGUGUUCGAGGAGGACGGCACCCCGGUGCCCGCCCUGCGGCAGCACGCCCAGAAGCAGCAAAAGGAGAAGACCCGCUGGCUCAACACGCCCAACACCUACCUGCGGGUCAACGUGGCUGACGAGGUCCAGAGGAGCAUGGGCAGCCCCCGGCCCAAGACCACAUGGAUGAAGGCCGACGAGGUGGAGAAAUCCAGUAGUGGCAUGCCAAUACGGAUCGAAAACCCAAACCAAUUUGUGCCUCUCUAUACCGACCCCCAAGAAGUGCUGGACAUGCGGAACAAGAUUCGCGAACAGAACCGACAGGAUGUGAAGUCGGCGGGGCCCCAGUCCCAGCUCCUGGCGAGCGUCAUCGCUGAGAAGAGCAGAAGCCCGUCUACAGACAGCCAGCUGAUGGCCAAGGGCGACGCGGACACCAAAGAUGAGUCAGAAGAGACGGUGCCCAACCCCUUCAGCCAACUCACUGACCAGGAGCUGGAGGAAUACAAGAAAGAGGUGGAGAGGAAGAAACUAGAACUGGAAGGAGAGAAAGAAACCGCUGCAGAGGAGCCUGGCUCACCUGUAAAGUCUGCACCUGCUUCCCCAGCACAGAGUCCAGUGAAGUCGGAGACAAAGAGCCCCGUGGUCUCUCCCUCCAAGUCUUUAGACGAAGGUGCUAAGGAGACAGAAACAAGCAAAGCCACCACAGAGCCCGAAACAAAGCAGCCAGAAGGGGUGGUGGUCAAUGGGAAGGAGGACGAGCAGACCGCAGAGGAAAUUCUCAGCAAAGGCUUGAGCCAGAUGACCACCAAUGCCGACACGGAAGUUGACACCUCUAAGGACAAAACCGAGUCGGUCACCAGCGGCCCCAUGUCCCCAGAGGGCUCACCUUCCAAAUCUCCCUCAAAGAAGAAAAAGAAAUUCCGAACCCCAUCCUUCCUGAAAAAGAGCAAAAAGAAGGAGAAGGUGGAGUCCUGAUUCAUAGCACCCUGGGGCUCCCAUCUGCAUCCUCUCUCCCACCUUCCCUUCUUCCCAUCUCUGCCCCUGGAAGCACAGGGCCAAGGAGGGAUAGAGUAGGACCCUGGACCACACGCUGAUGGGGAACAUAGAGAUCGCCCGACCAACCCCUCAUUUACAAUCGCCCCAGAGAAUCAGGUGACUUUCCAAGGUCACACAGCUAGUUAGUGGCAGAGCCUGCACUAGAAUUCAGGUCUCCUGGCUUCCAGUCCAGUGCUCUUUCUACUACCCAACACUGCCUAGUUGUGGGCUGCCUUUGUGAGGGUGCUGUCCACUGAGCUGAACCUCGGGCAAGAGGGCAAGAGUGGGCCACAGGCUCUCACAGGCUCAGACUAAAAAUCAGGUCAAGGCUUCCCCUGAACAAGGUCCUUUUCCUCAUGGGAACCCGAUCUCCUACUGACGGAGCUAUCACUAUGUUUAGAAAUCUCUCUCCUCUUUUUCAUAGUGUCCCUGCCUUGCUGCUCACAGUAACCAGACAAAUUGACCUGUCCCCUCCACCAGAAGUUAAUCUUUGUUCCCAAGGACUGAUGGCUUAGCUUGUGCUUCCCCAACCACUAACCUUGAGCUUUCUUCAUGGAACCUCCUGAAUUAUGGACGGAAGAGUUGUAAAAGUUGGCAGACACAGGGCAAGCCAAGCUGUCCAUGGAAUGGGAGAUAAUUAAUCAGUGUAAGAUGCCAGGAGCUUGACCCAUUCAAAUUGUGUAUCUCAGGAGCUUCCACAGUAAAACCAAAUUUAGCUUAGAAAACAGUUGUCUCAUGCUCAGGGCAGACAUUUGGGGGAAGGUAGGUCCUCGGUUGGCUUUGGGUUAUAUGAGGAUGAUAAACAAUACUAUCCCUUUCUAGCUUUGCAUGACACAUGCAGCUCUACCCACCUCACUCUGCCUGGCAGUGAGGGGUCCCCUGACUUUCCCUCAAACCCAGAAGCACUGGUUCAUGAACUAGAACUGGCAUCUUACCCUAGGCACCUUGGCCUUGGUCCCUUUGGAUUCCAACUCAGCCACUCUGGUGAUGAACCUUUCAGGAUUAAUCAGAGAGGCUUAGGUGUCCUUGGCCCUGUCACUAUGUCCAUCCUGGGGCCUAAUAAUGGCCACAGCUAUGGUUUUAAAUGCUAACACUGUCUGUUCAUAUUCUUCCAUGGGGUAUUGAUUAAUGAGCAUUGCUAGCUCCUAAAAAAAAUAGACAAUCCAUUCUCUUUAAAGCACAGUGUCUUCAAAGGAUAUUUUCCCUCUUUGUCCUGAUUAUUGUAAAAGUAUUUUUGAAAGUUCUUAAUCAUAGUUUUCCAUGUUUGAGCACUUACUGUAUAUAGAGACACUGUGUAGGCUUUAUAUACAUUAUAUCCUUUAACCCUCACAUAAUAUGGGUAAGAUUAGUCCCAUUUUAUGGGAAAGGAAACUGAGCCCCCAAAAGGAAAAUUGACAUGUUCCAGGUGGCUUGGCUAGAAAGCUUCAGAGCCUGUACUUAAAUCCAAGUCAGCCUGAGUCCAGAGCCUUUGCUCUUAAUAGCCGUGGUGAUCAAAGAAUCUCUAAUCCCCAGGGGGGGUGGUUUUAGUCCAGGCCCCAUUUUUGUGACUGGUCUCCACUGUAUAAUGUCAGUACGGAAAAUGAAGACAGGAAAUUACCCGCGUUCUCCCUCAUCUGUGCACGUUAAGUUCCUGGUUAAUGUGGACUGUGGCCAGGCCAGUGUGGACCUCUGACAAAGGAGAUGCAGGGGACUUCUGGUUGGGCAGGAAAUACCAUUCAUAGUUGGGUUAUUUCUUCAGAAAAAAGAAAACUGAUAAGACUAAGGAAAACCCAAUGCUGUGUCUCUCCAAUGCAGAUUCCCAACUGCUACCCCACGCCCAUGUACCCCUCCCCCUUUCUGCUUUCUGAUUGGGUCUUGUGAUGGACAACCCAAUGAUCAGGGGCACUGAUGCCUCAGAAAAGCCUGUGAUAUAGGAAAUGCCUUUAAACGCCAAUCCUUUGAUGCCUUCUUUAUAAAAGUAGACUUCACAUUCAUUCAUUGGUCCCUUCACAAUAUUUGUUAAGCACCCACUAAAUGUCAGACAUUAUGCUGACGUUAAAAGAAAACAAUCAUUGUGACUAGAAUAAUAAGUGGCAAGCAAUGUUAAGAAAAGGGUGGAGUGGACACAACCAUUGAUGCAGCUUUUUAUGUGUGAGUGGUUGUAGCUUAGAGAUAUGUUGAUUGACUCUGCAUUCAACAAAUUCUCUUUAUUCCCUUUACAACAGGGAGGCCUCAUUCAGAUGACUAUGCCAGAGCUUCUUGGAAUUUGGGCAUUGUCCUUGGACUUUAUGCCAGGAGUCCACCUCAUAUUUAUCCAUUUGUCCAUUCCUUGUACAUUAGAAAAACACAUGUAAGGGCUUGGGUUAUGGUCCAGGCCUGAGGGCACCUCAUAAGUAAAGGAGGCACAUAGACAAGUUACAAACAGGCAAGGGUGCAGAGGUGGCAUUAGGAAGCAAUGGUUUAUUGUCCUCUGGACCAGAGAAACCUUCCUGAAAGGAAUGAUAGUUGAGUUAGAUUUUCAAAAAAAAGAGGAAUUUCCUAGGAGGACAAAAGGUUAGGCAGGCCAUUCCAGGAUGUGGGAAGAGCACUUGUAAAGGCCCAGAAGCAUAAGACUCCAUGAUGUGUGCACUGAGCACUAGGUGUAAGGUGGGAGGCAGAGAUGGGGUAUUCGUUUCACAGGUGGGCAGGACCGAAUCAUAAAGAAACUUGUAGAAAGUAUGGAGGAACCCGACUCUAUCAUAUAAGGGGUUUGGAGCCACUCAGGACUUCUAAUCAGGGUAGAGUCAUUAUCAGCCCCGGGUUUUAGGAAACCUUUGGUGGCUGAGUGGAGAAUGGACUUAAAGAGGAGUGGGCUGGAGGCAUGGACAAUCUUCUUGUAAGGAGGCCUUUCUGAACGUCACUACUAAACCAUGUUAGGUGACCUGCCUCACGCUACAUUUUCCCUUAGAGCAAAAAGUGAGCUUCCAGCACAGAAUUCAUUUCCAUCAAAUGAUUUGGAUAAGGCAUCUUAAGAAAGAUUUUUGACAAAAGAGGGAAAUCCUAUAUAAUAAAAGCCUACUAUGUCAAAUCGACUGAAGAACGACCGGUGGAACGACCAGUGGCUAUGAGGCACACUGACCACCAGGGGGCAGACGCUCAAUGCAGGAGCUACCCCCAGCCCACAGGCCCCGGGCCAGCCAAGGUGGGUGCCAGAGGGGGGGGGUCCCCCCCAUCAUCCCACUGGUUGCCCUGCAGAGGGAGACAACCGGCAGAAGCGGCAGGGCGAUUGGGGGGUGGGGCUGGCCGGCAAGCGGGUUGGCACUGCCCCCCCACCCCCAUCGCCUGGCCGGUCACCUCCCACAGAGAGAGGCAACUGGCAGCAGCAGCAGCGGGGUAUGGGGCCGUUGAGCAAGUCGGGUGCUAGGCCGGCCAAGUCGGGUGCCAGCGGGGGCUCCCCAAUUGCCCCUCUGGUCACCCCACAGAUCAGCCCUGAUCGCCGACCAGGCCUAGGGACCAUACCCAUGCACAAAUUUUGUGCACCAGGCCUCUAGUAUUCAAAUAAGUAGCUCAGUUUCCGGUUCUAUUUUGGCUUGUGUAGAGUUGCUCUUCCCUUGUCUGUAUUGAUGUGGCUUGCUUAGCUCCAGGCCUGUGGCUGUGCAGUGGAUGCUGUUGAAGCAGAUGUUCAGUCCAAACAGAACCAGAGGCUUUUAGGGUGACAGGUGGGGAUGUUGUCUUUGGCUCUAGUUAAAAGCUGGCUGAAAUCUUGGACCAGAAUCUGUCUGGAGAAAAUGUAUGUACAGAGAGCUCAGAAUCGGUAGGCAAUAGCUCAUUUCAAGCUGGGAUAGGCUGCAGAAAAGGAAUGAGAUGAUGGAACCAGUCUGCUGUGCUGUGGCCAGCUGAGAUGGGAAGUGGAGAGGGUUUGAGGCUAUUUCCACGGAAAGAUGGGCAAGAGUGGGAGGGAGGCAGAGGGAGGGGUGAUACAGAGAGAGAAGCGUAGUCCCAGCCACUCUCCGUGCUUGGUGGCUGGCACCCAGCAGUGCUGUGGGAGAACCCUGUGACCUUUCCUCAAACUGCAAAAAGUGCAGCCAAGGUACAGCCACAGCCCAGAUCUGGGCUCCCUAGGAACCCCUUGGCCUGCAGGUGGCCCAAGGAACUGUCCUACUUCGGCCAGGCUACACACAGAUAAGAGUAACCUUCCUUGACCCCUCUGUACAAAAACAGGGUUCCUCUGCAAAUGGAGAUGUUACUUUUGAAGGACUGGGUGUGUUUGGAUGAACCCCAUUGGAAAGCAUUGUCCUUAUACCACUGACGUGCAUUUAUACUGGGCCUGGAAGUCUGCUUCCUGUGUCUAAUACUGGCCCACUCAUUCCUGAAUAUGGCAAUAUAGUUUCUCAGCUGUCAUCUGUCAGUGUCAUAACAGAUGGCUACUGCUUUUGUCAGCACGGGGGAAACUGCUAGAAAGCCACUUCUCUGAUUACAUGGAUUUGAAAGAACCAUUUGCCUAAGAGCACAGUUCACUUCAGAAAGUCUGACAGAUGAAAAAGAAGUGUGGGCUUUUCCAGGCAGAUACGCAUAGGGAUAGGUGGACACAUAGCCCACACGUCUGCCAUCUUUUGCACAAGUGUGACGUUUAUGUUCUAGUUCCACCCGAGAGUAUUCAGUUUCUGACUAUUGGACAAGUGAGAAAAUGCAUGGCUCCUGUUUCCUUCAUGUGGGCCAGCAGAAGCCCGAGAGCCGGCUGGCACGGCUGCAGCCGACUUUGGAAAUAGAGCCCAAGCAAAGUGUCUAAGGCAGCGGUUCUCAACCUUCUGGCCCUUUAAAUACAGUCCUGGACCCAACCACAACAUUAUUUUCGUUGCUACUUCAUAACUGUAAUGUUGCUACUGUUAUGAAUCGUAAUGUAAAUAUCUGAUAUGCAGGAUGGUCUUAGGCGACCCCUGUGGAAGGGGUCGCUGGUCUAAGACAACAGCACUCAAAGAGUCUGAGAAGAAAUGAGGGAGAGAUAAAGUCAUGCCUUGCACACCCACAAAAAGGACAGGGCACCUCACAACUCAAAACCUGCUGGCACAUCGUACUGCCAGUGUCCCCCAUCUACCCCGGAAGGGAUAAUGUGAUGUGAGAUUAAGUCAGAGGCCUUGACCUGACUCUAAUAAAAUGUGCUCUUUGGUUAUCUAUC